CCCGUAUCUCUGUGCUCUCCCGAAAGUCUUAAAAUAUCAAGCUUGAAUGGCGGACGCCAUUGAUUUCUCAAAAACACAGCGUAUAGUUCUUCUCGUAGACCUCAACCCAUUUCUAUUCCAAUUUCCUAACCCUAAUUACAUCACCUCCAUUAUUGCUACCUCCAAUAUUCUUUUAUCUUUCCCCCCUCUUUCAUCUUCUCUUUUCUCCUUCAAGCUCUUCUUCUCUUCUCUCUCCUCUCUCGAUUCCGUCUCUACGCUCCGCCAUCUACUUCCCAGUUAUUCUUCUGCUUCUGUAUCCUUCAAUUCUCCUUCGCAAACCCUAGAUUCUCUCUCCCACACCCUUAAUUCCAUCUCUUCUACCAAAUUGACGUAUUCCCUUUCAAAUGCUUCACAUAUAGCCAGCUCUUUGCUUCAGCUCGCUCGCGACUAUGGCUGGGAGUUCGAUAUUGAGAAUAUUCCAGGUAAAAUUCACUCUGAUCCCAUCGAUGUCCGCUCAAAUUUGGUUAUUUUGUUGUCGCCAGUUUGUAGAUCGUUGAAAUCCUUAGCUGAGUUUGUGUCUGUUGAUGUCGAUAAUGAUUGCUUGAUGAAUUUAGAUGUUUAUGGUGCUAAGUUUCGUGAUUGUUUUGGUGCUGUUAAUGAUGCAUUUAAUAAUAAGGACAUACAUUUCUGUUGGGUUGACAUUCAUAGCCACGAAGAAGAAGAAGCCGGAAACAAUAAAUCCGAGCAGCAAUCUGCUAUUAUUGGAAAUGAAAUUAGGAAAUUUGGUUGGGGAUUUUGCUCAGCUGAUUCCAUUGUUCUAGGUUCUGCCCUUGUUUCAUUCGGGUUGAUAUAUCCAGUUAUUGGGAUCUCAUCUAAGUUGCUAGAUUCUCCUAAAUUAGAUAAAAGGAUCCGUGGACAGUUAAGUCUCGAGAUUUUGGAUGUCCAUGGUAAGCCCAUAGAGUGGAAAUGCUGUGAUCUUAAUUUGCUGCAUCUAAAGGCACCAUCAAAGCCUAGCUCAAAAGACGAAGUUGUCAACUCUGUGAGCACAUUCUUGGGUAAUUUAAAGAAUGGAAUUAUGAAGUUGCACGUCACAGCUGUUCACAAGUACACCAUGUGUGAAAAAAUUGAAGAAUUUUCAUCAGAUCAUUUCUUAGUUCAAUCCGCAAAAUCUGCCAAAAAGGAGAAAGAUGGUUUAGACAUUUUUUUGGCUGAUAAGGUUCUUGGACAAUUAGCCAGUGAAAAAUCUGAGUUUUUUGAGAAGCAUUCGGUUCCAACAUGGCAGAUUUUACUUAGUUUUCUUUAUAUGAAGGGUUAUUGGGCUUUGUUAUCCAUAUCAAAUAACAAUGGGGAUUCUCACACAGGGAUUCUCAAACCCUUCACAGCUCAUUCCGCUGUCCUCUUGUUCUUAGAUCAUAACAAUGCUCCUGUUCAAAAAGAUGGUGGAUCAAACCUGUUGAUAGAGAAUAAACUUUCUCAAGGUGACAUUGCUUCUCAAAAAGGUACUCCUCAAGGUGACUUUGAUUCUCAAAAGGGUACUUCCUCAUCUGGAAAAUAUGUUCAUUUAGCUGGUGGAAAGAGGAGAAAGAUUAAAAAACACACACAUCGGGACCUUACAUGGAGUGCAUUCUGCAAGGCUGCAUAUGAGUUUUUAGAUGUGGACUUAACAGAGGUUUAUUUUGCCAAUGGCUUGAAAAAGUCAAAGAAGUUGAAGUUUCUGAAAUGCUGGAUGACAGAAGUGAAAAACAAGAGCUUAUCUUCCAAUAACAUACCAGAUAGAUCAUGCAAAAUGGGUCCAGAUUCAAUUCAGCAAAAAGAAACAGAUGUAAAUGAAGAUAUUUCUGCAAGCCAUCAAGAAAGCGAUGGGCCUCUUACACUGGCUAUUAGUUCUCAACAGUCAAGAAUCCAGGGGGAUGCUGAUUUUGAAUCUUGUUCAGAAACUCCAGAUGCUUUUUUCAGUAGUUUGCCUAUGAGAAUUCAACAGGGGCUUGAAUCUGAUGGUGUGGACUUGAAGAUAAUGGCAGAGAGUUUUGUAAACUCGUCCAUUUAUUGGUUAUCUCAAAAGCACAAAAAGAUGGAAAAUCCUGAUGAAUCUUGUUCUACUCAAGUUGCUGAAAUCAUACAGUUACUACUAACAGAGCCCAAAGAUUUGAAGGAACAUAAAGAUAAUGAUCCAAGUUCUACCUCAAAAUACCUAGUCAAAGAAUACGAAUUACAAAUUUUGCUCCGGAUGGAGAUACUUCAGUCCGAAUAUGCAGGGAGUAUGAAGGGGAGUUUGAAGACGAAGCUUGUGAAACAGAUUUGUUCCCUAUUGGAGAUCUUCCAAUACCUUGUGGAAGGAGGCUUUCAUGGUGAUAUCAGUCUUUAUGCGUACGUCGAGAAAACCAUAAAAACAAGGUAUUCACAGAAUCUGGAAGACGUGGUGAAGAAGAUCUACGAUGAAAUGGACCUGUUACCAUUUGGUGAAGAAAACGAAGAUCAGGGUAUGAUGUUGAACAGCGAGGAUAGCAGUCACGAGAUGGCUGCUGCUAACAAGAUGAUGAUUCACGAUUCGUUAUUUUUAGAAGACGAACCAUCGCAUCCUCCGCUUGACGACUUCGAUUUAGGAGAGACAGAAAAGGAUGACGAACAAAAGUUAAUUGAGGCUCGUGAGAGGAGAGAGAGGGCUAAAAGGUUCGUAUUCACAGGCCGAAUGCCCGAUUUGCAGAGGGUUUGGGCUCCGAAGCCAUUACAAACAACCAAGGUUAGACCCGUAUCUAAUAAAGAAUCCAAAAGGAAGAAACAACGGAGGGCUGGUUAUAGCGUGGUUUGUGAGACUCCGAUGAUAGGCGGCGGAGGAGACAAGAAAGAUGAACGGGGUGGUGGUUCUAAUUCUGUUUACAAAGCUUUGUUUCAAGAUGACAUGUGAAUAUUGAAUGAGAUCCAAUCAUUACUAAUCAAACCAAUGAUGAUGCUUAAGUUUGUGUUUAUUAACUUCACUUGAUUUUUCUUUGUAAAGUCUGGACUUAUGAAUUAAUUAAGUUAUAUACCUUGGCAAAGGCUAAGUAC